GUCUGCUGAGCUCACCAUAUCAUCUGUUGCCCCUUACGAAGCUCGAUUUAUUCACGAACUCAAGGUAACCUUUGAGCUGAGGAAUAUUCCAACCGCAACUAAGGAGGAUUACUUCAGUUUCAUCGAUGACAUCCGCUGGUAUAGUAACAGAUAUUACAUCGAUUCAACUGGGAUGCGUAAUCUCAAAGACAUUCGACCACUUUGGAUUCCAUCCUUGCAAAAAGCAUUGGAUCUACUCUAUAAAGGCUACAUUAAACCACAUGAUUAUUUGAAUUUCCUUGGUAAAGAUUCGUUGUCUAACAAAUUGAGGCAAGUCAUUCUCGAUAGCUGUGGAUACGAAAUAGAGAGUCCCGCCCACAGCGUUAGUUGGAUGUCUGCCUGUCAAAUCAUCUUGGUGCCAACAUUGACGGAACUUGGCAUUUUUAUAUACGAAAAGAACAAUCAGAAACGUUUUAACAAUCUUAUUGAAAAUAUCACCUAUCCUAAAAAUGACAUCUGGGUGUAUGUUCGCUACCUCCAGACCGGACAGAUUGAAAAAAAACUUAUCUCAAAGAACGUGCAAAUGCUUGGUGGGCUUCGUACUGGAAUCUCAAUUUCUAUCUUGGAAAACUUUGAAAAUGGUUCAAGUGUAUGGAGUGAUAACCUUUUAAUUGUGGAGCUUAAAGCUUGUACUGGUGGUCGAUAUAUUGUAACCGCAGAAUCAGGAGACAAUGCUAUUGUGUUUAAGGCAAAGUCGUAA